GCAGGCACAUUUCUGAGUUCAAGGCCAGCAUGGUCUAUAAAAUGAGUUCAGGACAGUCAGAGCUACACAGAGAAACCCUGUCUUGUAAAACAAAAAAAAAAAUGGGGGGGAUGUAUUUAUUUUACUUUAUGGGUAUGAACAUUUUUAAAAAAGAUUUAUUUAUUUCAUGCAUGUGAGUACACUGUCACUGUCUUCAGACACAACAGAAAAAGUCAUCAGAUGACCAUUAUAGAUAUUUGUGAGUCACCAUGUGGUUGUUGGGAUUUGAACUCAGGACCCUCUGGAAGAGCAGUCAGUGUUUUUAACCACCUGAGCCAUCUCUCCAGCCCGGGGAAUGAACAUUUUGCCCCAGUGUAUGUAUGUGUACUGCACGUAUCCCUAGUGCCUGUGGAGACCAGAAGAGGGCUGGUUCAGUGAACUAUAUGCACCCAUCAUCUGAAAGGCUUGUUGUAUACUUCCAUUGAUUGGUUGGAUUUAGUUCAGAGUAAUUGCAACUGUUGUUAAUUAGGUCUCCGCUAUCUGCCAGGUACUAUCUGCCAUAAGCACUAACUGUACAGCCUUGUCAUCCUGUGAAUCGCUCCACAACAUGAAGUCACCUGGUGUCAGAUAAGGGGAAGUGCAAGGGCUACGGCAGGGAAAUGAGUUGAUAAUUCACCCCUAAAUAGCAGCUAUUGAUAGGGCUGCUGUCAUAGCCAAGAUCUGUAAAAUGAAGCCAUUGUUUGGGAGAACUGGAAGAUGGGAAAGGGUGGGCUGAGGGGAAGGAGGGCCCCAGUGCUUAGAUGGGAAGAGCUCUGUAAGUCCUGACCAGAACUAAUAGGAGCUGCCUGCCUUUGCCUGGCAAAGAGGCCCAACAAGGUAGCAGGGGAAACUGUGGCAGAGGUGUAGCCCUGGAGACUGAUCUAGUCAGUGCUAGACUAAACUGGACAAGAGUCUACUAUCUGAUGGCUAGAAUCUAGAUGUGAACUAAACCUGGGGAGGGUAAAAAGAUCUCUAGUCUGUGCCUACAGCGGUCGGGGGUUAGUCCUGCUGAAUACCAGUGUGAUCUUGAGGAAAACAUCCUUCAAGGCCCACGGCAGGACAUGAGUGAGCAGGAAAGAGACACGGAAGAGGAUGAAGGCGUCACCUCAGACACAGCACCCAUGCUACCCCAAAGAAGGCCUACUGAUUACCACAUCUCAGUCCUGGCACCUAUCCUGGCUACCCGAGGCCUCAGGACCCUGGUGCUGUCUGGCCGGGCUCUAGUUGGGUUCCUGCUUCAUCUGCUGCUACCUGGGACAGUCUUCCUGCUCGUGUUGCUGCCAGCAGCUGCAGUUGUCUACCUGGGAUUCCUAUGCCACUCAAGGGUUCAUCCAGCUCCGGGUCCACGAUGCCGAGCGCUGCUCUCAGACCGCGGCUCCGCGGCGCUCAUUGUGUUCGGAUUCCUCUCCCUGCCGCCACUUUUGGUGCUCGCCUCCGCCACUCGCUCCCUCCUGGUCCGGCGACUACGCCCAGUACUGCCUACCCCCGACCCGGGCCGCCCGCCCAGGAGCAGUGAAGAUCUCCUGGCCGGCCACCCAGACGGGGAGAAACAACUUUGCGCUUGGGUCUGACGCCUCAAGGUCUCUCCGUGUCAAGAACCUCCCGGUUCUCUUCCCUUGACCCCCAUAAAGUGGAUGACUUGGACAGCUGCCUUGGGGCUCUGAGCGCAGUGCUCGAAGUCACCAGGAGAUGGCAACCCGGUCCCUCAGAAGAGGGAGAAAAGGUAUCCCUCGAAGAAAAGCUUAUGCCCUCCACCCCCUCCUGUGGUGAACAGUCAGCUUUGCCGCCAUCUAUGUGCCCCACAAACCACGAAUAAUUCUAGAAGCUCCAGUGUAGCCAGUAGCAACCAGACUUCAAGACUCACUCAUCCUGUGGAGUCAGCUGAGUCUUCCGAGGUCAGCAAUGACCUUGUCCAGGACAAAGAUCAAUUGGAUCCAUGGUCAAACUAUUACCAAAGCAGGUUUGAAAUAGAAUGAGGGAUCAGUGACUCAGUGUAAGU